AUGAGUAACAAUACACAUCCACAAACGGCUAAUAGAAGUUCUGCAUUGCCAACAGUAAACACACAGCAACAACGACUACAAUAUGAACAGCAAUUAAGACAAUAUGAAAUAUAUAAAAAAAGUUUGCCCACUGUUAACACCAUAUCAUAUGAAUAUCUAAUGAAUGAAAUGGUUCCACUGGCAAUUAGCCUAGAAAUAGAAGAAGGACAGGACAUAAACACAUCCCAUAGCACCAAAAUGGCACAAAGCCAUCAGUUAAUAUAUCAAUAUUGUAAAUUAACUUUACCACAACAACAAUCCAUUUUGAAUAGAAUACACCAAAUAGGUUUUGGAAUUGGUUCCAGAAUUAGUGAAAUGCUAAUUUUUCAAAAUAACCCCAAUUUAAAUUUUAAGUCACUUCUUUCCAGUGAUGGUCGUAAUAAUAAUAAUGGCGCCGAACUCUUACCUGUUAUGAAGUUUAUCUGUAAAGACGUCUGGAAAUUGGUGUUUGGAAAACAAGUAGACAAUUUAAAAACAAAUCAUCGAGGAACUUUUUAUUUAUUAGACAAAAAUUAUUGUCUAAUUAGAAACUUUGUUGUAGAAAAAAAUUCCAAGUUUGUGGAAGAUUCAGAUGAUAAUUUAGAAAGACAUGUUAUAUUGAAACCCUAUUUAGAGAUAGCUGCUGGGGUAAUUAAGGGCGUGUUAAGUAAUCUAAUUAAUAUAGAUACGGACGCAAUGACAUGUGUAUAUGAAUUUGUAGAUAAUGGUGUUUCAUUCAAUGUCCAUGUUCCAAAAAGUUGA